CUUACAGUUAACUAGCUAGGUACCAUUUCGACCCCGUGUGGACGUCGGCAGCGCUGGAUGUUUUUCAGCCAAGACGGGAGCUGUUUGUUAUCGGCGUGAGGUUCAUGUUAGGAGAUGGGGGACCUUUAUGACCCAGAGCACCCGAAAGAGUGUGACAUCGCGUUGGAGAGCUCACUGCUCUGAACUGGUUUAUUCUUGGCCAGCAGCUUCUACUGGGCUACAAACGCCAGAACCACUGUGUAAUGGAUGCUCUGGUGGACUCAGAGAUCAGGGAAGAGGGAGGCGAUACCUCGGUCAAGGUUGAGGGCCUCACCAAGGCAGCUUUACUCAAAGGCCUCUCUCCUCGAGUGAUGUUGUCCAGCCAUCUCCUGCCUAAAGGAACCAAGAGGAAGGUGAACCUGGACGAUCAGGGUCGCCAGAAAGUGUCUUUCAGCUUCUCUCUGACAAAGAAACCGCUGCAGAACUUAUUCCUUGCCCCUCCCAGUCAGGAAAAAUCUCUUGCUGAACUCCCCUCUGUCCUGUCACCUACAACCUCACUCCCUCAGGACAGAGCAGGGCAGCAUACGGAAAGCCAAAAUGAGCAAAUGCAGCCACCAUUGUUGGUGCCCACACCAGUAGCAGAGAUCCUUGCACCUCAGACGGCAGUCUCCUCCGUCCCCAAACCUAAAGUGGACUUGGGAAAGAUGCACUUCAAGAAACAGAUCCUCAGUGCAUCUGUUAUUGAAGAGAGUCCCAUAACCAGUGCUGUCUUACAGGAUCCACCCCUUUCUGAGCAACAAGUUUUAACGGAAUCUUCAGGUAACAUUGAAACUGUCACCCCAACACAAACGCCCCAGUCUCAGAACGAUCUUCAGAACAUGGACAAUGACGGCCCCUCUGAGAAUGCUCUAACUCGUGUAUCUGAUGUGAAGCUGGACCUCAGUCUCAAGGAACCCACUGACUCCUCCCACAAAGGGAAAGUGGAUGUAAACACUUCCAGUAUAACAGAGCAGCAAGACACCUCAGUAAACAUACAAAUCCGUUCCCGGUCGGACAGCACACUACCUGGCUCAGAAUCUGAUGCUGAUUCAGUGCAGACGUCUUCUAGCUACAAGUCAGGUGAACCCAAGGCCACAGCAAAGUUGGAGAGUAGAAGUAACGAUACAAAAAAUAUGUCCUCUUCUCGCUCCAAAUUAGAGGACACAGAAAAAAGUUCUAACCAUUCACGUUCUGAGAAGGACGAAAGAACCUCGAGUUACUCAAAAUCUGACCGAGAAUUAAGGUCAACCUCUGACCGAGAAUUAAGGUCAACCUCUGACCGAGAAUUAAGGUCAACCUCUGACCGAGAAUCAAAGCACACACCCUCGCGGUCAUCCCGCUCUGACAAAGGCCGCAGAAAGACUAAGAGUCGGUCGAGGUCCAGAUCAAGAGGUCCCCGGACGAGUUCCAGAUCUGAGACACGCUCCAGAUCUGAGAGAUCUAGAAGCGAGAGAGGGUCAGGAUCACGGUCUGAUCGGUCAUAUUACGACUCUGAGCGGAGGUCAGGGGGUCACAGAAGUUCUCCGUACAGAGAGAGGAGAGGCAGCUCUCGCUCUCGGACCGAUAGCAGCAGAGUCCGCGGCGACAGCUCUGACUCUGAAGAUGACCACAGAAGAACUCGGACUAGAACAAGUGAUUCCAGCAGGUCAUCCACCCAUUCUAGCUUGCAGAGAGAUUCAAAGUCAUACUUAUCUCACUCGAAAUCUGAGCGAGACUCGAAAUCUGAACGAGAUUCAGAGAUGGAUAAAAUAACACAAUCUUCUAAGUCUGAGAGGGCCUCAAAGAGAACUGUUGACUCCAGUUCCCUCCAAAAGUGCUCUACUGAUGUAGAACCUAAUCACAGGAAAUCCAACACCCACUACAAGCCGGACAUCGGUGUUCGAUCCACUCGUUCCAGUCCACAUGCCCUCUCUCAAACAUCAGACAAACUUCUUCAGAGAAGUAGCUAUAGUGAAUCUGAGGUAGCUCGCAAAGGGAAGUCUCAGUCACAGGGCUCUGACCGCUCUUCUGGUUCUGAGGGGGCAUGGACUUCUUCCACCAGUAAAUCAGACUCUAAGCAAAUGUCUGCCACCAUGUCAUCAGUGAAAACUAAUAGACAAUCAAAGGACACAUUUCACAGUCCCAAUAAGAUACAAACCCCUUCUGAUGCUCACCCUCAGAGCAAAAAUGGCAUAGCAGGAGCAGAUUCCCAUCUAGCAGAUACUUGCCAAAGGGAGGAUGUUGGCAACAUGAAUGACAUCACAUCCCAAGAUAAAGGCUUACAAAAACCAACUCUGUCUUUACCGUCAAAUUGUGAUCCAACUGACAGAUUGCAAGAACCAGCGUUGGAUCUAGUUAAUGAGAAGAUCCAUCAUUGCAUUGAGGUUCAGAAUGACUCGGCAGCAACUUUAGCGAACAACUCUAGUGGAGACCAAUUAUGUGAAAAAUUUGCCUUAGGGGACAUUGACAAUGUUAAUAAAAGCCUUUGCUCUGAACAAACGAAAGAUGCACAGCGUGUAGACCCCCAAAUAGAAUCCACUGAGAAGUGGGUUGAUGUAACCAACUCUAGCUUUUCCUGCAGUAAUGACAGAGUAAUACCCAGCCAGGAUAAGACUGUUUUUCAAGAUUCAGUUGGGUCAAAGUCAUUACCAUCUACAGUAGAUGUAUCUAUCAGAGACCACCCUAAGCAGAACACUAAACCAGAAAAUACUGUGUGUUUGAGUAGAAAUGUGAAUAUCAACAUGCAGUCUUGCAAAAACGUCCCUCUCAAAUCUGAACCCUCUAGUCCUGAACCUCAGUUUUCCAACCAGACUGAACAACAGAACUCUAGUUUAAGGAAAAACAGAGGUAAAACAAAACAAUCACGUUGGGAUAUUGUUGGACAAGACGCCUCAGACAGUGAUAAUCCUCAGAAAUUACCUUCCCAAGAAAGUAAACCUGCUGUGAAAAAGGUCAUCUCCGUCAAGAGAAUUGAGUUUUCUCAAGACGUCAGCCAGGAAGAUCCGUCUCUGAAGGGUCAACUGAAAUGGGAAGCUGAGUUGCAUUCCAAGACGAUUAAGCAAGAUAUUAUUAUCACACAAGAACACAGCUCGGCACCAAUAACUUUUGGGAACGACCAAUCAGAGUCCGCAAACCCAACUGCACAACCAGGCACCUGUGAAACCAGCAGUGACCAUUUAGACAUCAAACCCCACGUCAGCCAAAUGGAUGGAGAUCCCUCACUUUUAAAUAAUACCUCACAUGUAGACCGAGCUAGAAGGGAACAGUGUAGGAAUGACGAUGGUAAUGAAGAGAAACCUAAAGAUGGCCCUCACAAGAGCAAACCUCUGACGACACUUGUGUCGAGCCAGGACGCUGUAGGCCAAAGCGAGGACAGUGACACUGACGAUUCAGAGUCUGACUCAGACUGCGGUGUUGCCGUGAAACGGAUGCACUCUGUGGUGGUUGUACCAAAGAAUUCCACCCUGACUCACUCGGACACAACAGACAAGCCUGCGUCUCCCUGCACUCCAAGCACUAGCCCAGGACGUCAACAACACGCUAACAGGGCCAGUGGCCAAGAGGGUGAUCUGGACAGGAAUGAGAUCCCAAGCAGAGUAAGCCCUCAGCAGAGACAUAGAGGCUUUCCCGCCAUGUGUGAGAGCACUAGGCAGGCCAAUAAUCCUUGUGUUGAUGGAAGUCUCUCUGCACAUGACAUCAUGGUAUAUCAAUCGCAGAGCAACAUGGUCGAUAGCACCAGCCAGCUCGAGGGCUCCAACGCCACUGAUGCCCAGCCUUCUAAGGAUCCUUAUAGCAGUGCCCGUGAGAGACCAAAGAUUGGUGAUGCAACGGUGAGCCAGAUUGCUGCCCACAGCCUUGAGAACUCCUUCAGGCAGUCUGACACAGGGCAUCCACAGCAUUAUGGAAGUGGCAGGGGUGGCAGGAUCCUUUCCCGUUACCAACAUGGAGACUUUGCUAGCUCUGAUGACUUCAACAGCAGUCUGGGCAGUCUGGGCUGGGACUUCACACAGUCGGAGCAGCCCAGCAGUACGUACCAGCAGCCUGACAGCAGCUAUGGGGCAUCCCAACAGCAUCCUAACACACAACAGCCAGGGAACUCUUCUUUGGGGCAGGUGUACAGGACAAACAAUGGGGCCUACUGGACCCAACUACCAACUACGACUCAACCCACCUGCAGACCGGUCUACCUCCAUGUGCCUGCAACACAUUAUCAGGAGCCUGUUGGUCAAGUCCAUCCUGACUCCUUGACUAAUGACUGUGAUGAGUACAGUGAAGGGAAACCAGCAGGCCUCAGUAGACUAGAUGUUGAAUGCAAUGGUCCCAAGCUUCCAGGCUCGCUAGCCUUCGUACAAGCCCAUGAAAUAAGUAGCAACUGUAGAGGCUCUGUCAACGCCACUCCAGAGAAUAUUUCCAUAGUUGAACCCCCCAGAGACAAGGACAACUCAAGGCCCCACAGAGGCAGGGGUCCUCCCAAGAAAAGGCGUCCAGAAAUGGAAUCAGAUUCGGACAGCGAGGCAGAACCUGUGCUGGCUAGAAAAAGGGAGCGACUGGCAGAGAGGGAGCUCCCCAAAGUCUCCAAAGAAUCCAGGGAGAUUCCAGGUCAGGCUGAGGUGCAACGCCCUUUGCUCAGUCUGAGGGACUUCCGGGACGCCAGCAACUGGAGGGAGAUGGCAAGGUCUAAGAAGAUGCCACCAUACUUUGACCUGAUUGAGGAAAACCUGUAUCUGACUGAACGGAAGAAGAACAAGUCUCACCGAGACAUCAAGCGAAUGCAGUGUGAGUGCUCUAUGCUCUCGAGGGAGGAGAGGUCUCGUGGAAUGAUGGCUUGUGGGGAGGACUGCCUUAACCGUCUGCUGAUGAUCGAGUGCUCGUCACGCUGCCUGAAUGAAGGCUACUGCUCCAACCGGCGCUUCCAGAUGAAACUGCAUGCAGACUUUGAGGUCAUCCUGACUGAAGAUAAGGGCUGGGGACUGAGGGCAGCCAGGGACCUGAUACCAAACACCUUUGUGCUGGAGUACUGCGGAGAGGUGUUGGACCAUAAGGAGUUUAAGACACGGGUGAAGAAAUACGCCAGUAUGAAGAACAUCCACUACUAUUUCAUGGCCUUGAAGAAUAACGAGAUCAUAGAUGCCACACUGAAGGGGAACUGCUCUCGCUUCAUGAACCACAGCUGUGAGCCCAACUGUGAGACCCAGAAGUGGACUGUGAACGGCCAGCUGAGAGUUGGGUUCUUCACCUCCAAGACCGUCACAGCUGGUACAGAGCUUACCUUCGAUUACCAGUUCCAGAGAUAUGGGUUAGUGUCUCUCUCUCCCUUCGAUUACCAGUUCCAGAGGUAUGGGUUAGUGUGUCUCUCUCCCUUCGAUUACCAGUUCCAGUGGUAGGGGUUAGUGUCUCUCUCUCCCUUCGAUUACCAGUUCCAGAGGUAGGGGUUAGUGUCUCUCUCUCCCUUCGAUUACCAGUUCCAGAGGUAUGGGUUAGUGUGUCUCUCCCUUCGAUUACCAGUUCCAGAGGUAGGGGUUAGUGUCUCUCUCUCCCUUCGAUUACCAGUUCCAGAGGUAGGGGUUAGUGUCUCUCUCACUUCGUCCCAAAUGGCACCCUAUUCCCUUUUUAGUGAGCUAUUUUUGACCAAGACCCAUAGGAUGCCAUUUAGGACGCAGAUUCUCUCUUUGGAUUUUAACUGUCUGUUGUAACAUAUCAAUGUUUGUCUGUUCUAAUACGUCACCCUGCUGUUGUAGUCAUUGACAACAUAACGAUACAUUAUUAAGCCCCUGUUGCUCUCUGGACCGACCACAUAGCUAUGGU